AUGAGCUCUCGAGCGCGUUAUUUCCAGCUGCGGCAAAAUAUGAAGAAGUGCACAGAGCAGCAGCAGCAGCGCCACCGCGAGCAGCAGCGGCAGCCAGCAGCAGCGGCAGCAGCAGAAGUCUCUGCGGGCUCUAUUUUUGAAGAAGACACGGGAGAGCCCUUGGAGGCUCUCGACGCAGCAACCACAGCAGCAGCAGCAGCCCCAGCAGCAGCAGCAGCAGCGGCAGCAGGACCUGCUGCGUUUGUGUCCAAAGCAACAAACAGCAAAAAGAAAGCUAUUUGGGAGCUGCCGCAGAAGCAAAAGGAGACAGCAGCAGAAACGGAGACAGCUGGCCGCACUCUCCUUUAUUUGGAGCCCCCCGCAGCUGCUGCUGCUGCUGACUCAGCAGCAGCAACAGCAGCAGCAGCAACAGCAGCAACUCAGCCAGACGGCACGGAGCAACAGCAGCAGCAGCAGGAAGUAUUUGAGUGGCCCCCUGACAAAAUGUCUCCCAAAGCUGCUGCCGCUGCUGCAGCGCGUCGCCAGUGGAGCAGCAAAUCGCAGGAGCAGCAGCAGCAGCAGCAGCAGCAGAAGCGGCUGGUGGACUUGUGGGCGAAUAGAGCAGCAGCAGAUUUGUCCUUCACUGCCCCACCUGCAGCAAGAAAGAAGUUGGAGCCAAGCAGACUCAUGCAGCAGGUAAUGAACAUCAAGCCCCAGCAGCAGCAGCAGCAGCAGCAGCAACAGCAGCAGCGUGAGGAACCGGUUGGAGGGAAGUCUCCCGCGGAGGAAGGAGAGCAGCAGCAGGUCGUUUCCCCCGGAGCAGCAGCAGCAGCAGCAGCAGCUGCAGGGGGGAGCUGGUGCCGGAUUAGUGACCCGAAAGCCAGCAGCAGCAGCAGCAGCAGCAGCUGCAGGGAGGACCUGCUGGACCACGGGGCUCGUUUGGUGCGUGAGCUGAAGCAGCAGGCGCUGCAGCACUCCGCAGCAGCAGCAGCAGCAGCAGGGGCAGCAGCAGAGGAUCCGUUGGCUGCUGCAGUGCGGGAGAGCGUGAACUACUACCCGGGGAUAGAGCGGCAGCGGCGGCAGCAAGAACUUGCUGCUGCUGCUGCAGUGUCGCUGGAGGAGCUGCUGCAGCAGGGGCGGUGCAGCAGCGAGAACGUGGCUGCGCUGAUUCGGGCGAAGGGGCAGCAGCAAGGACUUGCUGCUGCAGUGGAGGUGUACGAAGCAGCAGCAGCAGCAGGGCUGCAGCCGGAGAGCGAGUGGUUCGUGUCUUUGCUGCUGGCAGCAGCAGCAGCGCGGGACGCAGCAGCAGCGCGGGUGCUGUUCCUGAAGCUGCGGGCGCUGCUGCUGCAGCCGACGGCGCGGGUGUACGGGGCUUUGGUGCAUGCGCAUGCAGCAGCAGGAGAAGCAGCAGCAGCAGCAGCACUGAUCCGGAAGAUGGAGAGCGAGGGUUUGGCAGCAGAUGUUGCAGUCUACACCUCGCUGCUGCACUGCCUCGUGCUGCAGCAGCAGCACGCUGCAGCGCAGCAGCUCUUCUGGGACCUCCGGACUUGGAAAAAAGUGCUGCCAGAUGCUGUCAUGUUCACCGUGAUGAUUAAAAUGCAUGCGAGGAGAAAAGAAGCAGCAAAAGCUUUCCAUUUGCUGCUCGACAUGCAGCAAUCCAAAGUCCACCCCACAGACCUCACUUACACUGAACUUCUUGCUGCAUGCGCUGCAGCAAAGCCCCACUGCCACUUGGCCUUCCGCGUCUUCGACCAGAUGCGCGCGGAGGGCAUGCCCGCCACCCCGAGGGUUUACAAGCUCCUCCUCAAGGUCAAACCCCAAACCCCAAACCCUAAACCCUAA